AUGGAGAUCUUCUUGCCUCGCGUCAAAGAUACAGAACCUUUUUCAGCUGAGCCAGGGAUUGGCAAUACGGACAGGUGGAAGAGAGAAAAGAUGGUUGACAGUGCUUUGACCCUUCAAGUUCUUCCACUGGUCAUUCUCCUAGGGAACACACAUUUGUGCGCUUCCCAUUUCUUCUUCCUGGCCGACCUGCUGAAUGACGAGGCUGAUGAAUACGAGUACUAUGACGAGUACACACAACCAGAGCAGGACCCCUUCCUCCAGCAGCAAUCCUCGGAGGACCCUGACUGGUUUGAGGCAUUUUUUGGCUACAGCGAUACCAGAGAAGACCCAUGCUCCUCCAACCCCUGCAAGAACAACGGUAGGUGUGAAAACAGAGGAAGCAGCUUCAGCUGUGUCUGCCCCAAGCCAUACGCUGGGACUACGUGCAAGAAAGUGAAGGACAUGUGUCUGGAGAAGAGGUGCCACAGCGGAGACUGCCUGAUUACAUUAACCCCACCUUAUUUUCAGUGCAGCUGCAACCAUCCCUACAAGAUACCCAACUGCCAACGAGCAUCUUCACCCUGCAGGCCAAACCCUUGCAAAAAUGGAGGUGUCUGCAUACGGCACAGAAUCAGAUCAAAAUUCACCUGCGAGUGCCCUGAACCUUUCAGAGGGAGAUUCUGCGAGAUCGGACUGGAUGAUUGUUAUGAAGAGGCCUCCUCUAAGUACAGAGGAAGAGUGAACCAAGCAGUGAAUGGCAAGACCUGCCUGCACUGGAAUUCCCAAGUUCUCUUGGACUACCCUAUUAAUGCCUUUAUGGAGGAUGCUGACUCUUACGGCAUCGGUGAACAUAACUUCUGCAGGAAUCCCGAUGAGGAUGAAAAACCCUGGUGCUACAUCAGAAAAAAUCACAAAGUGGAAUGGGACUUCUGUGAUGUUUCACCCUGCUCAGGAACAGAGAGCCCACAGCCAACAGACAGCCCAACAGACCCACCUGGAUCAAAUGAAAUAUUCAAAACUUGUGGACAACCAGAAAUUCAAAGGACCCUCAAGAGGAUCUAUGGUGGAGCUAAGACUACAGCUGGCAAACAUCCCUGGGUGGCAUCUCUGCAGAUAAAGACUUCAAAAAGGAGCAGACAUUUCUGUGGUGGAGUGCUAAUUAAAGCAUGCUGGGUUCUUACUGCUGGGCACUGCAUUGAACAACCAGCAGAAAAUCUCCAAGUAGCCCUUGGAAAGAAAGACCUCAAGAAGAGAGAGCAUCAAGAGCAAAUAUUUGAUGUGGAGAAGAUCAUCGUACAUUACAAAUACAGAGAGAAGGAUGGUGUCCCACACAAUGAUAUUGCACUACUUAAACUGAAGCCGGUUGAUGGUCACUGUGCAGUGGAAACAAAGUAUGUGAAAACAGCGUGUCUGCCUAAUUUCUUCUUUCCCGUUGGGACUGACUGCUUCAUUUCUGGAUGGGGCAUGACAGAGACAGAUGAAGGAUCCCGUCAGCUGUUAGAUGCCAAUGUCAAGCUGAUUUCGCAGAGGAAAUGCAAUGCACCCAGAGCAUAUGAUCACAUACUGGAUGAAAGCAUGUUUUGUGCAGGAAAUCUUCAGAGACCCGGAGCUGAUUCUUGUCAGGGAGACUCCGGAGGCCCACUAACUUGUGUAGAAAAUGGCUCCUACUAUGUAUAUGGCCUUGUGAGCUGGGGUCAUGAGUGCGGGUUAAAACACAAACCAGGAGUUUAUACUCAGGUGACAACAUUUCUCAGUUGGAUUAAAUCAAAAAUUCAGUCUGAAUCAAGGUCACUUCAUUAG